UAGGGGUGGGCCUGUGUUUAUUGUUUGAGUUCAAAGGUGGAGGGAUUACAGGAUUUUACCACUUUACCUUUGGACUGAUCAUUAAGCUUUACACUUAGUGAUGAGGACAUUCCAUGUUCACGGCGUUGGAGCACCGUCACAAUACUUCUCAAAUGGGAUUUGGAAAAAAUAAUGUAAUGCAUGGCUGCCAGGCUACUGCUCAGAAAUAAUAACAAAAAAAAGUCCGCUUUCAUCAGUGGCCAAACAUUAAUGUUCAAACAAAGGACGCAGUAAUGGGACAAUUUGGUUUCGAAAGGGUCCACACCCUAUGUUAUUAGCAAGAUGUAAAAGUGCAAUUCACGAUAGGACAAUGAGCUCUGCUCCCUCGUUGACUCUCCCCUACCAACUCUCCCAAUCUUUCCAGUAUUGGUUUAUCCCACUCUAAACCCCUCCUGCCCCUCCCCUGACACAGCGCCUCGAUAAAAAUCCAUUCCCAAACUCCCAUCAAGCGGAGUACACCACCAGCACAACGCGCAGCAGCAGAUGAUGAGGGAAUGCUGUUGGUAGAGGACGGUGUUUUACUCCUACCACGAGGACGGGAACGGGGCACGCGAGAAGCUCAUCCAAGUACUCUCAACCAGAGCCGCGCGUAAAAAUGGUAAAAAUGGUGACAAGCGCCUUGGCAACGAUAACUAUCCUCCAGUCGUGGGGUUACUGCGUGAUGGCCUCGCAGGUCGCCUUCUCCAACUUCUCCGUGGACAACGAGGUGCGCUCCAGCUUCAUCCAGCGGCGGCUGCGGAGCCAAGAGCGCAGGGAGAUGCAGCGGGAGAUCCUCUCCAUCCUCGGGCUGCCGCAUCGUCCGCGGCCGCACGCCCACACCAAAUACAACGCAGCCCCGAUGUUCAUGCUUGACCUCUACAACACCAUCUCUGCAGACUCGGAGCUGCCCGGGUACUCUUACUACAAGCCCGUUUUACCGACCCAGGUCUCCCCCAUGCUCACCCCCCAGGACAGCCGCUUCUUGGAUGACGCAGACACAGUGAUGAGUUUUGUCAAUCUCGUCAAUCAGGAUCCUUCGCACCAGCAACACAGAAGAGAAUUUCGGUUCGACCUUUCCCGCAUUCCUGAGGGUGAAGUAGUCACGGCAGCGGAGUUCAGGAUUUAUAAAGAUUUCAUGCGGGAACGCUAUGAGAACGAGACAUUCAGAGUCAGUGUGUACCAGGUCCUGCACGAGCCCCCAAACAGCAAAGUGGAGCUCUUUCUGCUGGACCAGCGAGACGUGUGGGCUACAGACGAGGGCUGGCAGGUCUUUGACCUGACCGUCACCAUUAACCUCUGGCUGGUCAACCCUGAGCAGAACCUGGGCCUGCACCUGGUCCUGGAGGACAGGCACGGUCAGUCAGUGCCAUACAUAAGACUCAUAAGGGGAGCAGCAAUACAGACUUUACUGGCGGGGAUGGUGACAGGAGGCGGACCUCAGGAAAAGCAGCCCUUCAUGGUUGCCUUCUUUAAAGCCAACGAGGUGCGCUUCCGCAGCAUCCGCUCUGCCCACGGCCACAAGGGGGGGCGCCAGUCCAACCGCUCCAAACCCCAAAGGACCGUCCAGGACGCACACAAGGCAGUGGAGGCGGCAACAGAGAACCGUGGUAUGUCCAAAGAGGGAUGUAAGAAGCAUGAGCUGUACGUCAGCUUUAGAGAUUUGGGAUGGCAGGACUGGAUCAUCGCACCAGAGGGCUAUGCAGCAUACUACUGUGAGGGGGAAUGCGCCUUCCCUCUCAACUCCUACAUGAAUGCCACCAAUCAUGCCAUUGUGCAAACUCUGGUGCACUUCAUCAACCCGGACACUGUGCCCAAGCCCUGCUGUGCCCCCACGCAGCUGCACGGCAUCUCCGUGCUCUACUUUGACGACAGCUCCAACGUCAUUCUCAAGAAGUAUCGCAACAUGGUGGUCAGAGCAUGUGGAUGUCACUGACCAACCCCCCCCCCCC